CGUUAAUCUCACGCUUUCACUACUCUGCAAAAUCACACCACAUUCAAAAUCACUCACUACAACCGAAAGCUACAUCUCAAAAUUAGGGUUUAUUUUCUUCUUUCAUCGAACCCUAAUCUCAAUAAAAUUAGGGUUUCCCACGCUUUUCAAUUCAUCUCAACACUUGAUGAUCUCACUACACUUCCCUCAUCCACUCCCUCUCCUUCCCCACAAGAUCUCAAUCCCUUGUGUAUGGUCGAUUCAAAAUCUCAAUUCAAUUUCUCGAACCCAAAGUUUCUUUAAAUUGAAGCCGGAGAUAGUUUCUUUAAGACCUUAAUUUUCUGAUUCGCAUUUCAAUUUUUAAGAUAAGAUCGAAAAUUUUAACGAUAUCACUGUUUUUUGUAUCUAUGGAUUUUGACGGUGGUAAUAAGCGCGUGUAUAACCGUCUCGGUGGGCCCACCGGAGGUGAUUCUAAGAAUCAGAAAGUUUGUUUUCAAUGGCAAGCGGGAAAGUGCAGUCGUUAUCCAUGUCCGUUUUUGCAUAGUGAACUGCCUAGUUUUAAUGGAAAUGGUGCCCCUUCUAAAAGGCCUUAUGGUUCUGGUGAAAAUUCGAGCUUUUCGGGUCGGCGUGGUGGGGCAAGUUUUAAUACGUGGGGGCGUGGUGGUGGACGUGGACGCGGUGGUGGUGGUCGUGGUGGUGUAGGGGGAGGUGGUGGUAGGGGAGUUGUUGUGAGUGGUGAUAGAGUUUGUACUUAUUGGAUUCAAGGAAAUUGUAGUUAUGGUGAGAGGUGUAAGUUUCUUCACUCUUGGAGUUUAGGGGAUGGUUUUUCUUUGUUGACUCAGCUUGAAGGGCACAAGAAGGUUGUGAGUGGAAUUGCUAUGCCCUCUGGUUCAGAUAAGCUUUAUACUGGAAGUACUGAUGAGACUGUAAGGGUUUGGGACUGCCAGUCUGGACAGUGUAUAGCUGUGAUCAAUCUUGGGGGUGAAGUUGGUUGUAUGAUCAGUGAAGGUCCCUGGGUUUUUGUUGGCAUACCCAAUUUUGUUAAGGCCUGGAACACACAAAAUUCAAUGGAGCUAAGUCUAAAUGGCCCUGUCGGACAAGUUUAUGCACUUGUGGUGAUUAAUGAUAUGCUCUUUGCUGGUACGCAGGAUGGAUCUAUAUUGGUAUGGAAGUUUAAUGUAGUUGCCAACUGUUUUGAGCCAGCUGCAUCACUUAAAGGUCAUUCCCGUGGUGUUGUUUCAUUAGUUGUUGGAGCUAAUAGACUUUAUUCUGGUUCUAUGGACAAUACAAUUAGAGUCUGGAACCUUGAAACCUUGCAGUGUAUACAGACACUAACGGGGCAUACGUCUGUUGUGAUGUCUGUUCUUUGCUGGGAUCAGUUCCUGCUAUCUUGUUCAUUAGACAAAACAGUGAAGGUAUGGUUUGCUACAGAAGGUGGGAAUUUGGAAGUGACAUAUACUCAUACUGAAGAACAUGGUAUAGUCACCCUAUGUGGGAUGCAUGAUUCACAAGGAAAGCCCAUAUUGAUGUGCUCUUGCAAUGAUAACACUGUUCGCCUCUAUGAUCUGCCAUCAUUUGCAGAGAGAGGUAAAAUAUUCAACAAACAAGAAGUGCGAGCAAUUCAGGCUGGUCCUGGUAGCAUAUUCUUUACCGGUGACGGAACUGGGCAAGUGAGAGUGUGGAAUUGGAUACCGGAGCCAGCUAAUAACAGCAUCCAAUAAAGUAUCAGGCACUCCAUUUAUUUGUUUUAGCAGUUUUUGAUAUUCCUUUUUGUAAUUUUUUAGCUGCAAGAAGGGAAUUCAGGGAUGAGUUUGGUAUUGCGAAGUGCAAAAUAAAUGCUGGAAUAGAACCUGGAUUCUCUGCAGCCGUCCAUCCUGUGCAACCAUUUAUCACGGUACAAUCCAAAUUCAACUGCCGCAAUUUGGCUUAACAGACUGUACUGCUGCAGAGGAUCCGGGCUUGAACGAAACGGGAAUGUGUAAUCUAUGUUUGCGGAAGUAGUUUUUUUUAGAAUGUGAGCUGUUGUUGGCACAAAGGUGUGCUUAAUUAGGCAUGCUUAUUAAGAUUUGUAACAUUUUGCAUAAUCACAACAUUUAUUUAGAAUUCAUUGCAAUACAAAACAGUUUAAUGCGUAUAUAUAACAUCAAAUAAUUUCAAGGUACUUGGCAUUUACAAGUCUU